CUCCCCGCCUCCCCGGACGCUGCCCGUCGACGGCGAGCUCGCUCAUAAUUGAUGCCAUGCCCCUUCCCGUCGUCGUUGCAGGCUUGCAGGCAGCAGCAGCAGCAGGUGAAAAUCCGUUGCAUUUAUGGCCACCGGGAUCCUCCUCGGCCUAUAAAUCCGUCGGCAUUUAUGGCCACGGCUCCUCCCCCCUCACUCACCUGUCGUCACUGCCGACGCCACCGAGGGAGAAAGAGGGAGAGCGACCGACGACGGUCUGUUGCGGCGGCGGCGGCGGCGGCCAUGGGGAGGACUCCGUGCUGCGACAGCAAGGGGAUCAAGAAGGGCCCGUGGGCGCCCGAGGAGGACAAGCUGCUCGUCGACUUCGUCCAGGCCAACGGGCCAGGCAAUUGGCGCAUGCUCCCCAAGCUCGCGGGGCUGAACCGGUGCGGCAAGAGCUGCCGGCUCCGGUGGACCAACUACCUGCGCCCGGACAUCAAGCGCGGGCCUUUCACCACCGAGGAGCACAAUUCCAUCCUCCAGCUCCACGCCAUCGUCGGCAACAAGUGGUCCAUGAUCGCGGCGCAGCUGCCGGGCCGGACGGACAACGAGAUCAAGAACUACUGGAACACGCACCUCAAGAAGCAGCUCCGCCAGGAGGCGCUCGCCGGCGCGGACGCCACCGCCGCCGCCCAGCUCGCGGCCGCGGCGACCGCGUCCUCCUGCCCCGCCACGCGCCACAUGGCCCAGUGGGAGGCCGCCCGCCUCGAGGCCGAGGCGCGCCUCUCCCUCCUCUCGUCCUCGGCCGCCACGACGGUAACCUCCGCCACGGCCGCCUCCUCGUCGUCGUCCACCGCCGCCGCCGCCGAGCACGAGGCGGCGCCGGACAUCUUCCUGCGCCUCUGGAACUCCGCGGUCGGGGAGUCCUUCCGCUGCUCCGCGUCGCUGGGACAGGGUGCAGCCGCAGCGCAUGGUCCGGCUGCGGCAGCUGGUGCGCCGGCGGCUCUGCCGCCUGCGACGGCGCCCAGCGGCGGCGGCGGCGGCGGGGGCGGCGACUCAUCGGCCGCGUCGACCAACGGGACCGAGGCCGCGGACGACUACCAGGCGUUCCUGGACAUGGCGGUGGAGGAGUUGGCGCUGCUGCACGGCCGGCUCGGCGUGUCGUUCUCGGCGUUCCCGCCGGCAGACAUGCUCGCCGAGGCGUCCUGUCUGUUCGCGCCGUUCGAGUGAGUUGAGCUCGCUAGCUAGCGCCUAGCAGCCAGCUCUCGUACGUCACUCUCGUACGUCAUCACCAGUCAGCACCGUACCAGAGUUGUAGUCUACGUAUCGCAUCCGGCGUUGCUUGCGUACGCGUACGUACAUACACAUGUACACUUUGCUACACCACGCGCUUGUCUUCUGGCGGCGAUGGCGUGUGUACGUGCCUGUACGCGACGAGCUGAUGCGCACGCUGGAGCUUGCGUGUGGCGUAGUCUUCUGUAGUGUAGUAGUCUGGGCCCUAGAGCAAGAGGUUUUUGCGACUGCUCUAGGCAGCUAGCUGUGGCAUUGCUCUGGUGAAUGCUGUGGACUUUAAAUACUUUUGCGUAUGUGUGUGUGCAUGGACGUGGUUUGUGCUAUGUAAUACGUGCAAAGCUCUUGACU